AUGACACUUCCAAGCGAGACCUUAGCCGUGCAGUGGGACUUUGCAAUCAUACCAAGUGAUCUUUCCAAGACAGUCAAACCACCACGAUUCGGUGCUUUUACCGUUGGUGUGGUGGAUUAUAGGGUCAAGAUUCCCUAUCGAAAAAUCGAGGAUCCUUCAGACCAUCACCAGCUCUUAUAG